AUGUACUACCGAUCACCCAAGCAAUGUCGGGAGCGUUUCCAUCAAAACCUUAAGCCUUACCUCAACCGGGAACCCAUCUCAGCCGACGAGGGUCUGGUGAUCGAGCGCAUGGUCAACGAAAUAGGAAAGCGCUGGGCAGAGAUAGCCCACCGCCUCGGGAACCGCAGCGACAACGCAGUUAAGGCCUGUUGGAAUGGCAAUAUGAACCGUAAGAAGCGUGGGCUGUCAACCCUCACCACCUCUCGCACUUACUCUAGCCGCAUCGAGGCCCCCUAUACCCGAGCCUCAAUUAUGACCCCUUCUCGCCCCCGCUUCUCCAUAUCAAUCCAUGGUUUCUUCCGUCAAAUUUCCCCCACUUACACUCUUCCUUUCAUCAAUCGACCGAUCGAGACCCCUCUCACCUCGCCCGCUUUCUCGGAAGUCUCCAACGCAACCUCCAGUGAGCCACCAUCCAUGGUCUCAGACUACAAGUCCACCUGCUCUUCUUCGCCCCGCACUAUUCCCUCGCCGCAACUUAUGUUUCUGCCCGUCAUUGAAGACUCGCCCAGCUACCCAGCCCACUCAUUGGAGUCUCUGUCUGAGAUUGUCUCCAAGCGCUGGAUGUCCCACCAGCCUACCAUGUCUUCAUGGCAUCAGCCACCUGACUUGCCUAAUCCCUGUAUGGCCAGAGUUGAGCCUGCCUGUGUCACCCGCAUGGGUCUCAACAGGUUGCUCAACUAA